UCCCCCAUCCCACCUGGGGAGAGUGAUUGAGCAACUGGGUGGUGCUCAACUGCCCACUGGGCUAAACCACAACAGGUGAAGCAAACCAUCAGCUACUUGAGUCUCAGAUCCACGCCCCCAAGCAUGCUGUAACAUCCUCCUCCUUCAUGCUGUAGGUAACCCCUUGCUAACAUCACCAGCUGCCUCAUUCUGUGUAUCACCCUGGAAGAUCCCUAGCACUCUCUCACUGUGAUGUCAAAUAGUACCAGAACCCCAGCCUACGCAUACUCACAGUGUGCUGCACUGAACAAGAAGACCCUCAAAUACAAAACAUGAUGAUGCAUGACCAGCCCCGCUACCACAGGGAAAUUAAAGGAACUGAAAGCCUAUCGAGAACCUUUGAGUCCAAUGAGAUACUUACUCCACUUCAAAUUCCUUCACGUCUAACUGUCUCACAAGACAGAUAUAAAAAGUUCAGGGAAUCCCUUUACUGCUGCAAGCUUCCUGGGGGAUUACAAAGUGUGCAUGGGGGAACUGCACUACCUGUAUUGCCAGAAGACCAGAGGGCAAAGGCCAAGUCUCCAUGCACAGUUGUUAGAGGACAUUACCAUUUUGGUAGUGCUGUUGACCCUUGUCCAAGAGGCCUUCCCGUUGAGCAGUACUAUGAUGUCACCCUGCUGAAAAAAAGUGAUGUGCGUAUGAAUGACGAUCUGCUUCAUAAGCCGCCAAGCAGUUUGGCUAAACCGCUGUGCCUGCCGUUUCCCAUCUCUCAUCCCUACCAGACACACAUCUCUAGGUAUGCCAUGUUCCCAAACUUCAGAUCACCUGAGGAUCGAGACACCGGGGUCGAUGCAAGCAAUCAUCAGCCUUUCCACCCCAAUAUCCCUAGCAAGCCUUAUGAUGUGGUUGUUCUAAGGAAGACCAAAGGUAAUCCAUACAGGCAUGAGGUUGUCAGCAUUCCCCCUGACUCCCUGAAGAAAGCUUUGCACUGGCCAGGACAAUACACAUACUUCCAACUUCCUAAAUUUGCUGAAGAAAAGGGUCAAAUAUACUACCCUAAUCCACCAAAGAUGGUGGCCCCUAAUUCCACUUUUAAAGAGCUAGAACAUAACCUCUCUCCAAGAACAACCAACAUGCUACGAAACACUGAAAGGGCUCAGGGGAUCACAACAUACAGUCGGAACUUCACAGGAAGAGGCCCUAUGAAUCCCCUUAUACUGGAUGACUAUUACAUGAAAGCAGUUGGCAGACUAACUGGAGAACUAGGUACAGACGUGGAACUUAAAGAAACGUUUCUGUCUAGUCUCUCACAAGUGAGACCUCUUGAAGGGCGCACUGCACGUUUACUUCAAGGCCGACGUCCCCAUGAAUCUAUUCUGCAAGAACAGGGCUCCUGCCAGGAGCAGGCCCAACCGCCUUGCCUGUAUUACCAGAAAGAUCAUUAUCUGGAUACAGGGCUGCCAAUAAACGAAUUUCAGAAAAUCGCUGACACGUGGCAAACAGAAGCAUUGUACAAGAGGCAGUUUUCAGGAAUGUCUGAACUUGAAUCCCUUCCAAAAUCUGCACAUUGCCUUUCCUGUGAAGAUAUCAAGCCCAAACAUUUGGACCAACAUACAGUAUGGGAAAACCCAGUCAGCCUAAAUAAACCAGUCUUACCACAGGAUGUAAACAGCGAGGAAAGAAGAAUUGAAUUGCACAACCUCUGGUACCAAGAAGCAAGUCAGCCUGCAUGGAGACCAGAGAGGCAAAGAGAGACAGCACUGCCUGAAUGGAUCCCUGGCUUUGAGGUUCUUCAGCGCCCGACAGCACUGCUGGAGCUGCAGGAUUCCUUCUCUAAGACAGCAGCACAAAAACGUUUUCAUGAUUCUAUCAAUGGAGAGACAAAAGAUCUCAGAGAUAACAUCACUGAGGGAAGGAGACACAAAUUCUAUGGAUUCAAUGCUUUUUAUUUCCAUAACUGACACAUUCACUGGUCUUUUUAAAAUACUAACAAAUUAAAAGUACUUCAAUGUA